GAGGAGGAGGAGGAGGAGGAAGAGAGAGCGGACAGAAGCCGCUUUGUGUGUCCGGACGGAGGCCCGGGAUUGGGGGCGAUGGAGUCUCUGGAGCCCACGGACCAUUUGAGGCUGCAGCAGGAGGGAUGAAGGUCCACCGUUGGAGAUCACCCCAUCAUGCCUGAGGGUGCCCAGGCCCGCCACCUUCGGAGAUACAGCCCGGCCCCGGCCGCGCCUGCUCGGCCCCCACCACUGGCCAUGGCUUCCCGCGGCUCCGGCAGCAGCACGUCCCUGAGCACCCUGGGCUCCGGCUCCGAGGGGGAGCGCCCGCCCAGCCUGGGCUCCUCCGCCUCCUCCGCCUCCCUGGCCGACGGCCUCGGGCCCCCGGCGGCCGGCCCCCCGGGGCCACACAUCAGCCUUGACCUGAUGCCGGUUGGGGCGCUGGGGGAUCCCGGUGCCGGUGGGGGGAAGCCCUCGCACCUGGAGCGUGUAGCCCUGGAGAUCGUCGAGACAGAGAGGGCCUACGUGCGGGACCUGCGGAGCAUCGUGGAGGAUUACCUGGGCUGCCUGGUGAACAGUGAACACCUGGAGCUGCAGCCAGAGCAGCUAGACAUCCUGUUCUGCAACAUUGAACAGAUCUACGAGUUCAACAGAGAACUGCUGGAGGAGCUGGAGAGCAGCAGCAGCGCCCAGGGCAUCGCCGAAUGCUUCGUCCAGAGGAGUGAACAGUUUGACAUCUACACCCUGUACUGCAUGAACUACCCCAACUCCCUGGCCCUGCUGCGGGAACUGUCCAGCUCCGAGCCGCUGUCCCGUCUCCUCCGCGAGCGCCAGGCCUGGUUGUGCCACUCGCUGCCCCUGCAGAGCUACCUGCUCAAGCCCGUGCAACGCAUCCUCAAGUACCACCUCUUAUUGCAGGAGCUGGGCAAGCACUGGGAUGAGCGGCACGGGGGCUACGAGGUGGUGGAGGAGGCCAUCAUCACCAUGACGGCCGUGGCCUGGUACAUCAACGACAUGAAGCGCAAACAGGAGCACGCUGCCCGGCUAGAGGAGGUUCAGCAGCGCCUGGGGGGCUGGGAGGGCCCGGAGCUGAGCGCCUUCGGGGAGCUGGUCCUGGAGGGGACCUUCCGGGGUCCGCGGCUCCGCAGGGAGCGCCUGCUCUUCCUCUUCUCCCGGAUGUUGCUGGUGGCCAAGAGGCGUGGAGACACCUAUGCCUACAAGGGUCACAUCUUUUGCUGUAACUUGUCUCUGAGCGAGAACCCCAAGGAUCCCCUGAGCUUCAAGGUGUCGGACCUCACCAUCCCCAAACACCAGCACCUUCUGCAGGCCAAGAACCAGGAGGAAAAGAGGCUCUGGAUCCACUACCUGAAGCGGCUCAUUGUGGAGAACCACCCGGCUUCUAUCCCCCAGAAGGCUAAACAGGUCCUGUUGGAGAAUAGUUUCCAUUGCGCCCCUGAGAGCCGUCUGAGCCCCGAAUUCCUCAGUCCCUCGUUCAGCUCCCCACGGCUCCCCGAGUCUCACAGCUUCACCCCUGGACGGAGGGCGGCAGAGUCUUCAGCCUCGCUCUACAGCCCUGAAAGGACCCGCAAACUCACCCCUGUCAACAGCGGCCUCCUCUCCCGCCGUGGACGCCGCCAGUCUGAGCCGGCCAAGGAGUCUCAGACAAUGUUCCAGGACAGCGACUCCAGGCUCAAGCACGCGGGCAGCGAGGGAGAGCUGUACCCUACCUCCGAGUCGAUCCACUCGGCGCCGGAGCCCGGGACCUGCCCUCCCGAAGACACCCUGGAGGAGCCAGGCGUCUCACCCCUCCCCUCCAACCUCUCCAUCACUGAGGAGAUCCUGGAGCUUCUGAGUCAGCGGGGCCUGCGAGAGCCGGGGGGCCCAGGCGAGCCAGCUGCCUGUGAAGCCCCGCCAGACCUCGGGGAGGCCCCCAGGAUCCGAUCAAGAGACGGAACCCCGGUCCCGGAGGAGGAGGCUGCCCCGGAGCGCCGGCCUCCCUCCAGCAGCGACUCUUCGGAAGAAGAGGAGGAGCCGCCACCACCGGCCGAGCGGGAGCCAUCCCCGCUCCACGUCCUGGAGGGGCUCGGCCGGGACGGCCCUCCCGACAUUCCCGAAGACUCCCGGGAGCGGGAGAUCCGUGCCAAGUCGCCCAACAUCCCACCUCUGACUCCCGGCUGUUCCCCAGAGGGGAGGGAGGACAGGGCUGGGGAGAGCCCAGUCAGGAGCGGGGAGGAGCGGGGUUGCCCGGACGAUCCCAGAACGCCAGAGCCGGAGGGCGAGAUGCCGGAGCCGGCAGUGGGGUCCCCCGGACGGGGGCCUGGGACAGAGGCAGAGGGAGGCGCUGCAUCCGCCUCCAAAGCCUGGUCCGGCCCUGCUCGCCCGCCGAGCCCGGAACUGGAAUUCCGCUCCUGCGCGGAGAUCCGGAGGGCCUGGCGGGCGAUGGAGCAGGCAGGUGGCACGGGGUGGGAGUCACGGGGGGUGUCCCGGCUGACCUGCUCCGAGCCCCUGGUGAUCCUGGAGGAGUCGGACCUGCGGGGGCCAGGAGGGGGUGAGGCUGUGGCCCGGUUCUGCCCGAGCCUGACCGAGUUGGCGAUGUACCGGGAGGAGGGCGGCUGCGGGGGCCUCCAGCACUCGGAGAAGAUUCUCACGCGGGUGCAGGCCCUGGCCCGCAUGUACAGCGAGAAGGUUCAGCGGAUGCAGUGGGGGGCCCGGGCCGCCGCCCCCAGCCCCGCCGCCGCUGCCGCCCAUCCCGUUAGGAGGAUCCGAGGCCUCUCCCGCACCCAGCCCCAGGCCCCGCCCUGCUCUGAGCAGCUGCAGUCCGGCCCCCCCGUGGCCUUUGGCUACGCCUUGGUGCGGGAAGCGACUCUGCCCUUCGCCUGCAUCCAGGAGACUGUCCCCCUCUUCCCUGCCGCCCGGGAGAGCGCCGUCUGGCUGGGCACACAGUCUCCUGGGUCCCCAUCGCUGCCGAGAUCCCACCCAGUAGAAAUCGAUGGGACUCUGGACCACCCUGGACUCCCACCCAGCCCGGCCUCCCAGAGCACAGCUGAAGCCCCAUCUCCAACCCCCAGCCCGCCUCUCAGCCCCCUCCCCACCCGGAGCUCCCUGGGGAAGAAAACGGAACUUCCCGAGGCAUCUCAGUCGUCGUCCUCCUCCCUCCAGGCCUCUUCUCCCUGCAGUUCCUCGCAACAGGCCUCCUUUCCCUCCUCCCAGCAAGCCUCCCCUCCCUCCUCCCAGCAGACCUCCCUUCCCUCCUCCCAGCAGGCC